UCUUAAUUAAUGGAUGUGUUAUAUAUAGUAUAUAUAUAUAUACAGCGGAUGACAAGUGACAUGCUGAUCUAAUUUACAUCCGACCGUGAACAGCGCUUGAAUUUACCUUGAUUAUAAAUCGGCUCGGUUGGUGGGAGCGGAUAGUCGAGUGACCGCGAACUCUUUUACUUCUUCCUGUCGACUCAUUCUCAUUCCGUUAAUGAAAAUCCAGUGUCACAAUUACAGUGAAAGCCUCACUUAUUCGGGUCGUUCGUAAAAAAACAAGAAAAAAAAGAAUGAAUCGUACAGCUCGUGACUACUUCGGAAAUUUAUGUAUCAAUAUCGCACAAGGCAAUUGAAGAAAGAGCUGUUAUAUAUUAUCUUGUAUAAUGACCAGAUAUAUUAACAGUUAUUGUUACCAAUAAAAAAGAGAGAGAGAAGAAGUACCAUAGAUAUGUCCGUGAUUUAUGUUUGAUGCAAAAUAAUGACAAUGACUGACAAAAGCAAGAAAUUAUCACGUUGGUACUUUGGUGGAGUUUCUUCUGCAGCUGCUGCAUGCGUGACUCAUCCAUUAGAUCUACUUAAGGUUCACCUACAAACUCAACAAGAAGGAAAAAUAUCAAUAGUACGUUCAACUAUAGGAAUAAUUCAAAAACAAGGAAUAUUAGCUUUAUACAAUGGACUCAGUGCUUCUCUACUUCGCCAACUUACAUAUUCUACAAUAAGAUUUGGGGCAUACGAGGUUGGUAAACAGACACUUGAAGCACCUGGAUAUUCAUUACCUUUCUAUCAAAAGCUACUUCUGGCUGGAGUUUCUGGUGCUACAGGUGGUGUUUUCGGGACACCUGGUGAUGUAAUUAACGUACGGAUGCAGAAUGAUAUCAAAUUAGCGCCAGAACUAAGAAGAAACUAUAAACAUGCUUUGGAUGGACUAUUACGUGUAAGCCAACAAGAAGGACUUCGCCAGUUAUUUAGCGGGUGUUCCACCGCGACCAUGAGAGCAUCGCUAAUGACUAUCGGGCAACUGAGCUUUUAUGACCAAAUAAAAAUGAUGUUAUUGCAAAGCGGCUAUUUUCAAGAUAAUCCUGCAACGCAUAUUUUAUCUAGUGUAUCGGCUGGAGCUAUUGCAACAACACUUACGCAACCUUUAGAUGUCCUGAAGACGCGAGCAAUGAAUGCUAAGCCUGGUGAAUUUAAAAAUUUGCUGGAGAUCUUCCUGUAUACUGCCAAACUUGGACCACUGGCUUUCUUCAAAGGCUAUGUACCUGCAUUUAUCCGGUUAGCGCCGCAAACUAUUCUCACAUUCGUAUUUCUUGAACAACUUAGAACAAAUUUUGGGUUCUAUCCACAAUUUAUAAAACAGUCGAUAUAAACUUGAAACCGGUCCUGGAAUUUGAAUUCUUAAGAGGAUACCGGAUAUGAUGCAAUUUCGUAGUUUGUACUGUUAUUCUCUUUAGUUACAUAAAAUUGCAAAUAUUUUUAUAGAAUACAAAUAUAUCAAUGCAUAUAAGAGUAUAAGGGUAAAUUUUGCAUCAAAAACAAAAUAUUUAUUUAAAAAAUUUUCGUUAACGUGUUUAUAUCGAUAUCUAACAUCCCCUUAAGAGCACAAAUUUAUUGAAAGAAAAUAUCGAGACAGAUUCAUUACAUGACAAAUCAUACAGGGUACAAAUUGAUAAAAAUGCCAAACUUUGUUGUGAACGUAAACGAAAGUUCAUUGUUUAUAUUACGUAAGCUAUUGUUCUAACAUGAAACAUUCCGUACAAAUAAUUAUGAAUUAUUCGCAAACGACUUAAAGUCUACCAUAGCAGUGCCAAGAAUUCAUACUUACAUAACACAUAAUGUUAAUAUUAUACUUUAUUUAUUAUGCUUUAUUCGCAAAAGAAACAUUUAAGUUUCAACAAAUACAAAUCAUUGUAUGUUCCAAUUGAUACAUUCCUUAUAGAAUUGUGAUAUAUAUAUGUAUAUAUGUUGACAUAAUUAUACAUACAUACAUAUAUAUAUAUAUAUAUAUAUAUAUAUAUAUAUAAAAUAUAUAUAUAUAUA